AUGCCUAAAUUCAUUGUUAACACAAAUUCAAGCAAGGAGAAAGUUCCAGAAUCUUUCACAGGAGAGCUGACUCAGCACCUAUCAAAAGCAAUGGGCAAGCCAGCACAGUAUGUAGCAAUACAGAUCUCUCCUGAUCAGGUGAUGUCAUUUGGAGGCUGCAGGCCCUGUGCUAUGUGCUUUCUCUACAGCAUUGGCAAGAUAGGAGACCAGGGGAACAAGGUCUAUUCCAAGUUGCUAUGCGACCUGAUGAACAAACAGCUGAAAAUACCAGCUGACAGAAUCUAUGUCAGCUUCUUUGAGAUCAAUGCUGGCAACGUAGGCUGGAACACCACCACCUUUGCUUGA